AUGCUGUGGGGGGUGGGCCUGGCGGCGCCGCGCUCCUGCGUGGCGGACCUGAGCCGCAACCGCAGCCUGUCGCUGGGCUGGUGCGCGGGGCCCGAGGAGCCGCCGCCCGCCUUCUAUGGGGGCGAGAUCGUCGCCUUCCCGCUGUCGGGCGGCGGCGGCACCAUGGCGGCGCUGGGCUCCGACUCCUGGUGGAAGAAGACGCUGUACCUGACGGGCGGAGCGCUGCUGGCCGCCGCCGCGUACCUGCUCCACGAGCUGCUGGCCAUACGGAAAGAGGAAGAGCUCGAUUCGAAAGAUGCUAUCAUACUGCAUCAGUUUUCAAGGCCUAGGAAUGGCGUUCCGAGUUUAUCCCCGUUCUGCCUGAAAAUGGAAACGUACUUGAGGAUGGCUGAUUUGCCCUACCAGAACUAUUUUGAUGGAAAACUUUCCCCUCAAGGGAAAAUGCCUUGGAUUGAAUACAAUCACAAGAAAGUAUCUGGCACUGAGUUCAUUAUUGACUUCUUGGAAGAGAAACUUGGAGUGAAUUUAAAUAAACACCUUGGUCCACAUGAAAGAGCUGUUUCCAGAGCUGUGACCAAAAUGGUGGAGGAGCACCUGUACUGGACUUUAGCUUAUUGCCAAUGGGUGGAAAAUCUUCAUGAGACGCAGAAGAUGGUUUCGCUUUUUGGCCCCUUCAGCGACUUGCUGAAGUGGAUCUUUUGCCACCUGACCAAAGGAAUUGUGAAGAGGGAAAUGUAUGGCCAUGGCAUUGGGCGCUUCUCGGAGGAGGAGAUGUACACGCUGAUGGAGAAGGACAUGCGGACUCUGGCAGGCCUCCUGGGUGACAAGAAGUACAUCAUGGGAUCAACUGUUUCCACUGUUGAUGCCACUGUCUUUGGACAUCUGGCACAGGCAAUGUGGACAUUACCAGGGACUCGACCAGAGAGACUAAUCAAAGGUGAACUGAUUAACCUUGCUAUGUAUUGUGAAAGAAUAAGGAGGAAAUUUUGGCCAGAAUGGCACCAUGAUGAUGACAACACGCUGUAUGAAUCUGAGGAAAGCAGUGAAGCAAGCAAGACUUACUCCCCUUUGCAGGACUUCAGUUUUUAUUCAAGGACAGAAACAUUUGAUGAGGAAGGGAACAGUAUUUCCCAAACCCCUGACACAGAUUACACUGGACACUCCCUCUUUGACUCGGAUGUGGACAUGGAUGAGUACAGAGAUCAUGAACAAUGCAAGUGAUAUGUACAAGUGUCUCCAUUGUGCAGAUAAGGUGUUUCUUGGGAUCACUCUGAUUUGUUUUCUCCUUCAGGUCAGGAAGAGGUUUAUACCACUUUGGAAGAGACCAUUGUGCUUGAUUCAGCUGUCACAUACUGCUUGGACUAUUUCAACUGUAUUUUGUUUUGUGUAAUUGUUCAGGUGGACCAAGAUAAACACAUUGAAAACACACGUGAGCAGACUGGAGGUCUAGAGGGCAGCAGAACCUUUAAGUCUAUUUUUGUUCAUGUUCAAAACCAGAUUCCCCAUCCAAGUGGGACGAACUUCUGGGAAGUGGAGCAUUUGUCACAUCUGGUUUGUGUUGUUAUCUUAUCUUUACAGCAACGGGUUGAGCACAAAAAUGGAAGAGGUAUGACUGGCACAGCUUUCUUCCGUGGAAGAAAAUGAUUGAUGCUGUAAUGAAAAGGCCCUGGCGGUGUUGGUUGACUGCCAUCUCAGUUUAAGCUAGUGGUGUGCUGAGGUGCAUCAGAUUCAUGCAGCACCCUGGCCUGUACCAGCAAUAGUGUGGCCAGCGGGACCAGGGCAGUGAUUGUCCCCUUGUCUCAGCACUGGUGAGGCUGCACCCCAAAUCCUGUGUUCUGUUCUGGACCCUUCACUGCAAGGAAGUCAUUGAGGUGCUGGAGCAUGUCCAGAGAAGAACAGUGAAGCUGGUGAAAGGAAUUGGAACACAAGUCUUGUGAAGAGCAGCUGGGGGAGCUGGGGGUGCUUAGCCUGGAGAGAAGGAGUCUCAGGAGAGACCAUAUCGCUCUCUACAACUGCCUGAAAGGAGACUGUAGAAAGAUGGGGGUUGGUCUCUUCUUCCAGGCAACAAGCUCUAGGAUAAGAGAAAUGGCCUCAAGGUGUGCCAGGAGAGGUUUGGGUUGGAUAUUGGGAAAAAACUUCACUGGAAGGGUUGUCAAGCAUUGGAACAGGCUUCCCAAUCAUCACCCCAGGAGGUAUUUAAAAGCCACAUAGAUGUGACACUUUGGGGACAUUGUUGUUGUUGGUCUUGGUAAUGCUGGGCUUACACCUGGACUUGAUGAUCUCAAAGGUCUUUUCCAACCUAAAAGAUUCUGUGAUUUGGUAAAGUUUCACGGGAAUUUUAUUUGAUAGCUACCUAUACUUUGGGUGCAUAUAUUACAGGGUCUACAGAAAAUAACUGCUCCCAGUUCUUAUGGAAGCAGUCAGGCAAGGAUGGAGGAAAACAUAUUCCUACAUAAAGGAGCUGGUUAGUGUUUCUUGUUCUUUGCAGAAGGUUGAAAUCACUGCUCUAAAAUACUUUUAUGCAGGAGGGAGAUAACAGCGUUAACUCAUCUGGAAUGUGUGUUGGUAAAAUUUCUUCCGUGUUUUUGAAUUAUUACUAUGUUUUUACUCCCUGCCCAUGGCUGCUGUCAGCUAUUUCUAGGCAAGGCUAAUGGGAUUUGUUGCUAAAAGUCUAAUGUGUCUCAGCAGUGGGUGCUUUGUGUUCUUUACCAACAGACGUAGCAAACCCAUGAAGGCUGCAAAGCAGUUUGAGGUAUUAGUAGGCAUGGGACGCUGUGUAGUUGCAAGAUGUUGGCCCAGGGAUUGAAUGCUUUAUAGCUGCAGAGGGAGGUGCUUCAGGGAGUGCUGGGCUCUGUGCUGGCUUGCAGUGCACAGUUCCUAAAGCUGAUGCAUGGGAGGAGGUGAGAUGGGACAGUUCCCUCAGCACUGCCAUGUGUGUGGGGAAAUUCAGAUACUGAAAGCAUGACCAGAACUGAAUUUAAGUUGCCUUUGCUGGCAUAUCUAUGGGUCUGGAUCUCAAAAUGAUUGCACAGGUUCUGACAUGCUUCAUGAUCAUGUCUCCCUAAAUGCAGGUUAGAGAUGAGAAUGAAUCCGUUGGAUUUACUCACAACUUUGAAGUUAAGCAUAUAAUUCAGUGUUGCUUAGCCAUGAUUAGUUGAUUUUAGUAGAGAGAGAGCGCAUCAAUCAUACUGGGCUAUUGUGUUUUUAAAUAUGCAUAUAAAAUUGAGUAUUUGACUGCAGACUUUGUUGGUGGCCCAUUUUAAUUAUGACUUCCUCAGUGAUUUACAGUUAGAUGAAUCAGGAUCCCUCAGCAAAAUUUUUAUAAUGUGUUGGUUGUACCAAAUGUUCUAAGAGCAGACAGAGCAGACAACUGCUUUAGGAUGUUAAUUGUUGGUAGUUGUAGUGAGUCUGGACCUUGAAAUAACUCCAGCACUCAAAGAAUAGCUUGCUCCCUGGGAUCCUGGAGUGCCUCCUGCAGAGGAAAGGACCUGCUCUGGGGAAACAUGGAGUUAGCCAUGGUUUUGAAAGCAGGGACACGUUUGUCUGCACUGAAGCACCAGGUCUGUUCGUGCAUGGGAGCCAUGGCAGUGAGAGCUGACAAGUUCAGUGUGCAUUUACACCUGUUUCCACAACUCCCUGGGCAUGUCCCUGAAGCCAUGUUCCAGUCAAUGUUGUGGGCAAGUACCAUUUGCAAAGUGAACCAAAGCCGAGGAGGAAGAUACCUUCCAGUUACUUGGGACCCUUCUCAGGAAACUAAGCACAAGAAUAGGGCACAAGACGGUAAGUUUUGGGCUUGAAAGUGCAGAGGUGAUGGCCCGAAAUGCCUGAGUAACUCCAUGGCCAAGUCAGGAGAGAUUUCAUCUGCAAAAAUGUAGGUAUUGAUAUUCUGAAUAAAAGGAAUCUGCAUCAAAAAGCUCCUAUUUAAAAUCAUUAGUGUGUUGGAAAUUCUGAUGGAGAUUUUCUCACUCAUUUACUGAUGCAUGUUUGAAGGCUGUGCUUUCUCCAUUUGUUCAGCAUUGCAAGGUGUGCUUGCAGCAGAUGAGUCC